ACCUCCGAAAAUGGCGAUGGCUCCCACUGUGAAGCUGGUUUUAGGCUCUUUCGUCUUUGCGGUUUUCUGGGUCUUAGCCGUUUUUCCGUCUGUCCCAUUUCUACCGAUCGGUAGAACCGCAGGUUCCCUUCUUGGUGCAGUUCUGAUGGUGAUAUUCCAAGUCAUAAGUCCAGAACAAGCUUACUCCGCCAUCGAUCUCCCGAUUCUUGGACUUCUAUUCGGAACAAUGGUCGUUAGUACGUACCUCGAAAGAGCUGAUAUGUUCAAGUACUUGGGGAAGUUGCUUUCAUGGAAGAGCAGAGGAUCCAAGGACUUGCUCUGCCGAAUCUGUCUGAUCUCUGCGAUCUCGAGCGCCCUUUUCACCAAUGACACUUCUUGUGUGGUGUUGACUGAGUUCGUACUGAAGAUCGCGAGGCAAAAGAAUCUGCCGCCUCAUCCGUUUCUACUGGCUCUUGCCUCGAGUGCGAAUAUCGGUUCUGCAGCUACUCCGAUUGGGAACCCUCAGAAUCUUGUCAUUGCCGUGCAGAGCAAGAUAUCUUUCUGGGAUUUUCUCCUUGGGAUUUUGCCUGCAACGUUAGCUGGUAUCUGCGUAAAUGCUUUGAUUCUUCUCGGUAUGUAUUGGAAGUUGUUGUCAGAUCAUAAGGACGAAGAGGAAGCUUGUCCUGAAGCCGUGGCCGAGGAGGAAGUCGUGUCCCAUCAGUUUUCGCCAGCUACAUUACCACAUCUUAACUCGUUCGACUCUGAAGAGAUGAAUCUAAGAAACAGAACGGCUAGGGUUUCGGGCGAGAGCGAAACAAACCGUCCUUCAAAUGCGUCGAGAGAGACAGUGAACGAAGCUUCUGAGAGAGGGGAUCGCAUUAACUCGGCAUCAUCAAGGAGUGUUUCAUCAGUGGAAUUGAGUUCCGGUGAUUGCCAUGGAGUAUACACUACCAAAUGGAGCAGAAAACUAUGGAAGUGUUGCGUUUAUCUGGUCACCAUUGGAAUGCUCAUAGCUCUGCUGAUGGGUCUGAACAUGUCCUGGACCGCCGUCACAGCUGCUCUCGCCCUCGUGGUUCUCGAUUUCCAAGACGCCAGGCCUUCCCUAGAGAAGGUGUCGUAUUCGCUGCUGAUAUUCUUCUGCGGAAUGUUCAUAACGGUGGAAGGAUUCAACAAGACAGGGAUCCCGACGGCGCUGUGGGAUCUGAUGGAACCGUUGGCGAAGAUAGACAGUGUAAGCGGGACAGUGGUUCUUGCUGUCGUGAUCCUUGUCCUCUCCAAUGUCGCCUCCAACGUACCCACAGUGCUGUUGCUGGGAGGAAGAGUGGCUGCCUCGGCAGGGGCAGAAGACGUGAAGAGGGCGUGGCUAAUAGUGGCGUGGGUGAGCACGGUGGCCGGGAACCUCUCCCUGCUGGGCUCGGCGGCCAACCUCAUAGUGUGCGAGCAGGCAGGACGGGCCCCUCACCUCCUCGGCUACACCCUCACCUUCUGGAAACAUCUCAUGUUCGGCCUCCCUUCCACUCUCCUCGUCACCUCCCUCGGUCUCCUCCUCAUCCGCUGACAUCGACCCCGGCCCCUUCUCCUUUGGUUUGGCUCGGGGUCACGAGAAGCAAAUCGUUGCGAUUGCGGUUCCCUUUGAAUAUUUCGUAUUAUGUCUGAAAUUGUACCAAUUCGAUUGUAUAUAUACUGAACCGAUUCGAAAUAAAUAACACGUAAUCAAUCGCUAAACGAAAAUCCAAUAUAAA